ACAUUUAAGUAUUAUCAAAAACAUUUGAAUUUAUUUUUACUCUUAAAUGGUGUAUACUGUGAGUAUAUUAAUAAUUGUACUUGAAUACUAAAUAUUCAAGUAUUGCUCUCAUGAUUUCGUUACGUGUUUGUUUUGGAAUCUUUAAAUAGAGAAGAUGGAGAGCAGUUAACAUUGAUAGUAAGAUGAAAAUCCCAGUUGGAUCAAUUUAGUUGUUUGUUAAGUGAAUGAUUCUUGAAUAAAGUUUGUUUUUCAGAAAAGAAGUCAACGCUUAUUUACCAAAACAAAUAGGUGAUGUCAGCGACAGUUCAAUGCCGAAAUGAAAAAUUUGAAGACUUUUAUGAUGUUAUGCAAGAAUUAGGAAGGGGACAGUUUGCUGUUGUAAAAAAAUGCAUUUCAAAGGAAAAUAACCAAGAGGUUGCAGCUAAGUUUAUAAAAGUUAAAAGAUCUAAAGCCAGUAAAAAUGGUUUAAGUAAAGAGCUGAUUGAAAGAGAAGCUGGAAUUCUUUUUUCCGUCGAUCAUUCAAAAAUAAUUAAACUUUAUGACUUGUUUGAUAUUGGUACCGAAAUUGUGCUUGUAUUAGAAUUAUUAUCAGGUGGAGAAUUGUUUGACAAAAUAUGCGAGUGUGAGUUUUUAAAAGAAGUUGAUGCAUGCUUUUAUAUGAAGCAAGUCCUGGAAGCUGUUUAUCACAUUCAUAGUUUGAAUAUUGUUCACUUAGAUAUAAAGCCAGAAAACAUUGUAUUACAAUCCAAAAAUCGCAAUGAAAUCAAGCUGGUUGAUUUUGGGCUUGCGCAAAGAUUGACUCCAGGAAAAGAUUUAAAAGAAAUGAUGGGUACCCCUGAAUUUGUUGCUCCAGAAAUUGUUAGUUAUGAAACUAUAGGAUGUUACACAGAUAUGUGGGCGAUUGGUGUCUUGGCAUUUAUACUUCUAAGUGGUUGCUCUCCAUUUCUUGGUGAGAAUAAUCAAGAAACUUAUGAAGCUAUUGUUAAAGUUGAUUACGAUUUUGAAGACGAUUCAUUUGAACAAAUAUCAUGCCACGCAAAAGAUUUCAUUUCCGGUCUACUUGUCAAACAACCUGCAGAUAGAUUGACGGCAGAAGAAUGUCUUAAACAUGAUUGGCUUGUAUACAUGUCAGCACCUCGUGCUCGAACUGAAUCUGUAUUUAUAACGACUGCAAAGCUGAAGCGAUACCUGGCUAAAAGAAGAUGGCAGCAAUCUUUUCAAAAAUUAAAUGCAAUCAAUCGAUUCUCAAAAUUCAUGAAAAAAAUUCCAGAUGAAGAGAAAAUUACCGAAGAAAUUUCGUUCGAACCUCAGGAAAACCUCUCAAUAAUAAAAAAAAUGAAUGAUCAAACAAACUUAGAUGAUAAACCAAAACUAGAUUACCAAGAAAAUCUCAGUUCAAUCCAUCAAACCAAAAAACCGUUCGAAAAUUUUUCUAAAUUUAAUGGUAACCUUUUAAAUGGAACUUCUACUUAUUCUAUGUUACUUACUCAACCGUCAAUGGAAGAAACAACUGGAAGCUCUGAAAAUAUCCUAUACAAUGAGAUUAAUAAAGAUGAAAAUCAAAACGUUCAGCAAAAAUUGAUUCCAACAUUACCAAUCCAUGAAGACGCAGAAAAGCAAGAAAACAAUAGAAAAAUUAGCUUAGCUAAGCGAAAAUAUAGUAGAGAAACUCAAGUUCGGUACACAGAACUGAGGAAGGAAGAAGAGUUUGUAUUGAUAGCAUCAGAAGUAGUGGAAGAAGUAGAAUCUGAAGAUGAAGUAGAUAAUAAAACUACAGAACUUUCUCAUUCUCUUGUUGACAAUAAUUCAAACAUAAUAAGCGCAAUAGAUCAAAAUAAUGAAACUCAAAAUCCCCCUGAUGACCAAGAUCAAAGUUAUAACAACGAAAAGUAUGAUACUUUUGAAACAAAUCGAAAAAGCAGUUUUCGUAAAAAAGCUGUUUUUGUUGACCAUAAAAACUUAAUCAAUAACCAACUAAGUGAGAGAAAAGACCGAUCAGUUUCAUUUACCGAAAGUAAAAAAAUGGACAUUAUUGAAGAUUGCGAGAUUGAAGAAGUAGAAGGCAAUUUAGAAAAUGAUAAAAAAGGAGACGAAAACAAAACGCAUGAAAAAAAAACUCGAAAGCACGUCAUUUGCGCAAAGACAAUUGGCAUGGAGCAUUUAAUUGACAUUAUUCUUAUGGAUGAUCCAAAAGAGACUCCUGUUAUAAAGCAAUCUCCGAUAGCUCCGAUUCUCACGUCAAUACCAAAUGGUAUUAAAGUUUAUAAAGAAACAUCCGUUUAAUUCUCAAACCAGAUGUUUGUUAGAUUGGUAAUAAAAGCGUAUUCUGCUGAUCUAGUUAUUUAUUAAAAAAUAUAUAUCAGCAAUUUAUAAUAAAAGUAUUGGCAGCACAUUGGUAUUUUUAAGUUGAAAGAACUUGUAAAUAAAAAGAAAAAUGUGUAUGGGAUAUUCUAUUAAUAUUGCUUUCAAAUAACUCAUUUAUAAGAAAUCAAAUCUAAGAACGUUGAAUAUUUUCUAACCAAAAGCUGUUAUUACAGUAAAACAAUUUUUUUAUAAAGUAACUAAAGCUUACUAUUU